UCGGACCUAGAAAGGCGGCUGUUCUAAGGUUUCCGCGUCGGCCGUAGGAAGCCAGCCCGUGGACUGUGGUUCUCUGAAGCAAAACCUGGCCUGAGAGUGAGACACAAAACAGCUGUGCGGAACACGCUCCCGCUGUUGUGUUCGAUCGUUAUACGAAAACAAGCGAAUCCUCUACUUCCAACCCUCUUUCCACCACCACCACCGCCAUCGCCUUUCCUCUCCUCCUCGUUUCACGAGGAUGGAUCGGAACGAGAGCGCAAACGAGGGCGGAAGCUCGCCGGACACGGUGAUCGCGCGCUCCUCGUCCGAGGAGGAGCGGAACAGGUACGCGUGCAGCACUUCCGGCGAAUACGUGACAGUGGGAGACAGCAGCUCGAGCUUGGACACGCUCACAGGUGGAACAGUCCCGAACAGCGGAGCUGUGUCCGUCGAGACACAGGCGACCGAGGACAAGAAGAGGGGAAGAUUCGGCGCGUUGAAGAGCAGCUUCCGUAAGGAGGGAGGAUUAUUCAAGAUUAGGAGGAAGAACAGGCAGCUGGACGAACCGGCCCCGGAGCACGAGCCGGAUGUCGAGGAAAAAGAAGCGGGCCGGAAGCGGAUCCCCGUGGAGGAGGAGGAUCGCAAGGGCAUCAUCGGCGGCGCCGGUGGCGGUGGCGGUGGUGGCGGCACGUCGACGACCUUGAAGAAGAAGAAGAAGAAGUCGCACUUGUUGGUGCGCAAGCUGAGCCUGAACAAAUUUCGUCUGUCGACGGAGCAGGAAACAAGGCACACGCCCGAAGGUGGUGACAGCAGUCGAUCUCUGAGCCAAUCGUCGCAGGAAUCACCGAGCCUGUCGGACAGCCCGUCCAGGAUCACGAGGAAGGGGCAGCAAGAGAUCGAGAGGCUUGGCCAUCGCGUCGGUUACGAGGCUGUCGAGCCUCGCGACGCCCCGCUGCUCGACGUUCCUAGAGAGAAGGGAGAGACAAGGAAACUGGAGAAGUCACUGGAGAAACCGGUGAGCACCGUGACCGUAGUGCAACGCAAGUCGCCGUCGUUGACCAUCAGGAGCUUUUCUAAGAAUCAGUACGAUCCGGAGUCAGCAGAGAAACCGGAAGCGCGGUGCAGCUCGACGCUUCCGUACGCGAUUUCAAAAUGGGCGGAGCAGAAAGCCUCGAUACCAUCUACGAACGAGCCUAGAAAGUCGAAAUUGAACACAAAGUCGGAAUCUGAUUCGGGUAUAUCGAAAUCGUCGCCGCACGAGGUUCGACGGAAAUUAUCGUUGCUGGAGGAGAAACGAGCGAUUUUUCAGCGACGUUUGUUCGAGACUACUCGUGACACAGAUUCCAGCCAAACGGUGGUAGCCGUGACGGUGGACGACGAGGAUAGAGCGAAAGACGAGGAGAAACACGAGGAGAGCACGAAGAAAAGGGCCAGGCAUAUCAGCGUGAAGAAGUUCGAUACGUUCUCGACGUUCGAGGGCACGUUCGACGAGGAGACUGGAGUUGGUUACCUGGCUGGUAUCGAGGAGGAUUACACGGAGAGCUACGACAGACAGAACGAGAAUUACUCGGCUACCAUGGGACCCAUGAUAGCCGACACCGCGGAGAAGAGCAAGGUCGUCAGCCAGGACAGCAUGUCGUCUCAGAACAACGCGUCGAAUGCCGGAGUAGGCGAGAAACGAGAGCACUUGUAUAAAAUUCUGGUGAUUGGCGAGCUGGGCGCCGGAAAGACAUCAAUCAUCAAGAGAUACGUUCAUCAGUUCUUCUCUCAGCAUUAUCGCGCGACAAUUGGCGUUGACUUCGCGCUCAAAGUGUUGAACUGGGACCCGCACACGAUCAUAAGGCUGCAGCUAUGGGAUAUCGCAGGUCAAGAGAGGUUCGGAAACAUGACCAGAGUGUACUACAAGGAAGCAGUUGGAGCGUUCAUAGUAUUCGACGUGACGAGAAGUGCUACCCUCGACGCAGUGGUGAAGUGGAAACAAGACCUGGACUCGAAGGUACAACUUCCUGAUGGUUCGCCGAUCCCCUGCGUCCUGUUGGCGAACAAGUGCGACCAGCAGAAGGAAGGUUUGGUGAAUACACCCGCGAAAAUGGACGAAUACUGCAAGGAGAAGAACUUCUCUGGAUGGUUCGAGACCUCAGCCAAGGAGAAUAUCAACAUCGAAGAGGCAGCGCGAUUUCUUGUCAAUAAAAUCCUACAAAACGACCAGCUGAUGAAGGGCGACGGUUCCCAGGAUCCAACGGACGGCGAGCGUUUCGCGUUGAACCAAUCGCCGACCAGCUCAAAGAAAUCCUGCUCCUGCUGACGAAUCGGUAGUCAACCGAUAGCAGGAUCCUUCGAUCCGUUAUCGUCGUCCCUCCUCUGCCGUGUAGCUGUCGGUGCCAUGACACGUUUCACUUGGUCCACAACGACUCUCGCCUCAUCUCUCGUCUCGAUCGCCUAAUCGUCCUGUCAACCGUCAUCGUGGCGAUCGCUUUCAUCGACCAGAAGAGCCGUCGAUCUUCCACGGAUCACCAACAACUUCUUCCAAUUCCUUUCAACAUUUCCAAACGAUCGUUGAGGAUACACCGUGAGGAUCGAUCUUCUGCACAGUUGCUCUUUUGUACAUACACGCGCGUUUCUCUCGGGGGGGAGAUAGGUUGGUCAGACUGGCAGAGGUGCAGCCUGGAAUGUUGAAUCGAGAUGGAGAAGGACGGUUAGGGCUUUGUUGGUUCUUGUAAUCCGCUGUUUGUUAGCUUGUUUCCAAACUGAGACUAGGAGAAAAUGGGGGAAGUUUAAGCUUGGUACAUAGCGACGGGAUUGGUAUAACUGUGUUUGCUGGGGAAGUUAGGCGAGUGGCUGCUGGGAACUGAUGAUUAUUGGGUUCGGUGUUUGAGAU